GUCGAUGGAUAUCAAGGCACAAUCAUUUGCGGAGCAUCUCGAUCAAUACGCCGAAUAUACAGUGCCAGAGGUUUACACCAAGCAACUGCAUGGUCGAGUCGAGUUUCAGGCUGCAAGGCUCGCUCAACAUCGACCGCUGCUCAAAAAAGCUAUGGAAAAAUUCAAUCAAGCUCUGGAUAAGACUGUCAAUUUCUACGGAUCUCGAGCCCACGAGAACGUUAUUCCCAUCCUCAAUGGUUUGGGGAAUGUCGCGCUACAACAGGCCGACCUGACUACUGCCUCAAAGUAUCUCUUCGAAGAUCUUGACGCCACUAUCAAGCUCCGUGGAACCCGUGAGCAUAUCGACAUCGCUAGAACCAUCAACAGCGUCGGGAUGCUCAAGAGCCAGCAAGGUCACUUGGAGGAUGCCCUCGAGCUGCAUCGUGAAGCCCUCCAAACAAUGAUCAAGGUUUACGGUUCUCGAGAGCAUCCCGAUAUCUCCGCGACCUUGAACAACAUCGGGGCGGUGGAAGGCGAUCUAGGAAAUGUGGAAGAGGCUCUUCAAUAUUAUGAAGAGUCACUGCAGGUCUUGGUCAAGGUGUUUGGAAAGCGCGAAAUUCCAGAGGCUGCUCAAACCAUCACCAACCUGGGAAUGCUCGCCUGCCAUCAAGGGCGCUUGAGCGAUGCUCUCGAGCUGUAUCACGAAGCCCUCCAGAUAAUGGUCAAGGCUUUUGGUACUCGAGAGCAUCCCGACGUUGCCGCCGUUCUGACGAGUAUUGGGGGUGUGAAACGGGAACUUGGACACUUCGACGCCGCCCUCAAAUACUAUGAAGACUCCCUCGAUAUCAGCGUCAAACUCUUCGGUACUCGCGAGCAUCCCGAUGUUGCUCAAAUCCUCAAUAAUAUUGGCCAUUUGGCAAGCGAUCAAGGGCGCUUGAGCGAUGCUCUCGAGCUGCAUCACGAAGCCCUCCAGAUAAUGGUCAAGACUUUUGCUACCCGUGAUCAUCCAGCUGUUGCCUCAACUUUGAGCGCAAUCGGAAGUCUGGAAUAUGAACUCAGUCACUUCGACACCGCCCUCAAGCACUAUGAGGAAUCUCUCGCCAUCUACACCAAAGCCUACCAUUCCCGGGAUCAUUUUUUGAUAGCAGGAGUCCUUCGAAGCUUGGGUCUGCUGGCGAGCGCUCGAGGACAAUUGGGCGAUGCCCAUAAUUACUAUCAAGAGGCACUUGAAAUCAUGGUCAAAGUCUAUGGAAUGCGCCAGCAUCCGGAAAUCGCCGCAGUUCUCAACGAUUUGGGCCUGCUUGAAUAUGACCAAGGACGCCUGGAUGAAGCACUGGUCUACUUCCAGGAAUCUAUCGAUAUCAUGACACAAGUUUAUGGAACUCGUGAUCAUAUUGAUAUUGUAGGGACCAUUAAUAACAUUGGGCUGAUUGCAAAGGAUCAGAGACAUUAUGAUCAAGCACUUGAAAUGUAUCAAGAGGCCCUCUCUAUCCAAUUCAAGAUUUUGGGUACUCGUGAGCACCCCGAUAUCGCCCAAACACUCGAGCACAUCAGUUCGAUAGCAAGAUUCCAAGGCCGUCUUGAUGACGCUCUCCAGCUUGCCAAAGAGAUGCUAGAUAUUCGCCUCAGCGUAUUCGGCACACGCGAGCAUAUAGAAGUUGCUUCCGCCUUCAACGACAUGGGAGCAAUAACUGCCCAGCAGAAACACAAUGACGAAGCUCUCCAACAUUUCCAAAAUGCACUCGAGAUCUAUAUCAAACUCUAUGGCACUAGCGAGCAUCCAGACGUGGCCGGAGCUAUCAAUAAUAUUGGGCUCGUGAUGAAGGCGAAGGGACAAAAGGCCGACGCUUUGAAACACUAUAAUGAAGCAUUCACUAUCUACAUGAAAGUGUACGGUCGAGACGAUCAUCCGGCGGUUGUAAGAGUGCUCAAAAACAUUCAAAAAAUCGAAGCGAUGGCUGUUUAGCCUCAACUCCAUAAAAGAACCGAACACACUGUUUGUUUCAGUGUUCAGCACGAGCGUUGGGCGCUCAUCAAUGUAAAGGCAAUGAAUCGGCACCAUCAUCGUUGCCCCAGUUGUGCCUUGCCACAUAUAUGAGAGCAAGUUAUGACCGUCAAUAUCACAAAACGGUGGCGAACCGCGACGACACCACAUUUGCAUCGACCAGCUUGAUGCGCUCUAAUAUAUGCCACAUUCAUCAACCACAAUUUACAAAGCUCAGAUGCAAUCAGCUGCGGCCGGUGCGGGUGGCCGCGCUGGUCUCGGGAUACUUGAUCUUGAAGGACGAAGACGGGUCCAGGGGAUCGCCCA